AGCUCACGGACACUUUCAGCCGCUGGACCCGGAAGCGUGCAUGCGCGACAUUGAGGAGCAGUGAUGUACAGAAGAGCGAUCCUUUCUCUUUAUCAGGGCAGAAAUGCGUUAAAUCACGCGCAUGACCCGAGACUGCGUCCCCCAAAAUGUACGGACAGAGCUUCCGCUUCCGGUUUCAGGGCUCCCUGUCUAGUGAACCGCAGGGCGUUUGGGAUGACUGGAGCAAGUCUGUGUGAGCAGAAGAAAGAUGGAGAGAGAACUGAAGAGCUGCAGGUGGAGUCCAGGACGAGGGACGAUGACGAGGAACAUGAGUGUGAGGUGAAAGUCAGAGGGUUGGAGAAGGCAACGUGUGAAGCCGCAGCAGCGGGGAAAGAGACCAGACCCAAGGCUGCGAGUCAGAACACAGCUGAAAUAACAGCGUCUCACCUGAGAUCAGCGGCGGAGCAGAAGGAGGAGGAGAAGACUGGAAAACAGGGUCUCCUGGAGCUGCUCGGGGCCAUGAAGGUGGACACCACGACCAAAACCAAGCUGAGAUCUCUCAGGAAGGGGACGAGUGGACAGGACAGUGCGCUGAAGCUGAAGAGUAUGGUGAUGGAGAGCACGAGCAGCAUGUUUCAGCAAGCCACAUCACCACAGAGCGAGUCUUUGAGUCCUGAGCUGGUUGCUGCUGUCUCUGCCGCUGCGUCCACGCUUCCUGAUCGCUCCCGAGCCGAAUCUGAGCUCCUGCAGCAGCUGCGCAAACACGAAGCCGUAUCCGAGGAGACGAGACGAGACAAGACGCAGAACAUCGGAAACAUCAUCGCUGAUAUGAAAGUGGGGAAGAAGGCGGUUGGCAGAUUGAACAGCUGGCCGGCCAAUCAGAUUCGGUUUGAUGAUGAUGGGCGUGGCUACACACACGACCGCGGCAUCACGGGGGAGCUGGCUGAAAUCCGCAGGAGGAAUUCUGCUUUUACUGCAAAGAGGCUGCACAUCUUCAGUCCUGCGGAUCAGGAAACACAAACAGAUCUGACUCCAGGCCCCUCCCUCUGGGACGCUGAUUUAGCCAAUCAGAUAGUCGGGGCAGUGAAUCAGAGACCUCGUAAUGGGUUUGAGGAAAUGAUCCAGUGGACGAAUGCGGGGAAACUGUGGCAGUAUCCCGUCAACAACGAGGCAGGAAUGGAGGAGGAAGUGGAGGUGCCAUUUCAUGAGCACGUCUUCCUGCAGCGCCACCUGGAGGACGGUUUUCCUCAGCACGGUCCUGUCAGACACUUUAUGGAACUGGUGGUCACCGGAGUGUCCAAGAACCACCAUCUGACCGUCCGUCAGAAACUGGAGCACAUUGCCUGGUUCCGAGACUACUUCCUGCAGAAACAGGAACUCCUCGUCCAGGUGGAGGCGUGACCUAUCCAGACUGUCCUUCAUGAACAGGGAAGGGUGUCCGCAGCAUCCUGCUCUCCUCACACGUACACACACAGCGCUCCACUGGAGGCUGUACACUUCCAGUACCUGUUAGCUUCAGUAGCCUCACGCAAAUCUCAAGACAGGACCGUUCAGUCUCGGUGAUGAGCAUGUGGAGCGAAGGGGUGCACUGGAGGGCCUCUUUAACGUCAUGAUGCGUGUGUGUGAGUGAGAGAUAAUGACAUUCUGCUCGAACUGGUAUAACGGAGUGUUUCCACCCUGUUAGCGUGUCUCCAGUAUAAAGUUCUUCCGGGUUAAUGUUCAGUGUGUGUUACGUGAAUAAAUCCUGAAGCUGCA